AUGGCUCUGGUUCCAUCCUCGCUGCUGCUCUUCCUAGUCUCGUCGUCGGUGUGGGUGGCCUUAUCCUUACCAUUGCCGGUGGCAGCAGCACAGGGGCAAGGAGAGCACUGCCUGCCGUUUUCAUGCGGCGACGUGACCAUCUCCUUCCCGUUUGGGCUCAUCCCGGAUGGCGCCGGGCAGACCAACUGCGGCGGCGGGAUUGGGUUCCAGCUUCGUUGCCAUAACAACAUCCCAUACCUCGGGUCCUAUCAGAGCGAGCACGACAUGCAGAUCCUCAGCAUCUUCUACCACAACCACUCCUUGCUCAUCGCCGAUAGACACUGGCCUGCAUAUUUCAAUAUUAGUAACACUGGAAGAUGCCACACCUUCCCGACCAGCACCUCGUCCCGUCUUGCUCCUCCGUUCUCGAUCAGCUCCGUCAAUCAGAACCUCACCUUCUACAACUGCAAUAAGCCGCCGCCGUCGUCGCCUGGUGUGGACCUCGUGGAGACGGUGUGCCACAAGGCCCACAACAUCACGUUUGUUCGUGCCGCAGAUGGGCGUCCCGACGAGUCAGCAGGCAGCUACUUCUUGGAAGGCUGCACCGCUGCCAUGGUGGCGGUGCUUGGAGUGCCUGGCAAGGUGAACGCUAGCAACUAUGAGCAACUCGUCUGGGACGGCUUCCUCGCGACAUGGCAGUGGAUGCCGCCGCCGUCACCGUCAGGUAACUUCACUCUUGGAACUUCUUUGAACGAACACACUCUUGGAACUAGUAGCUUCGAAUCAGGGCUGAGAUAG